AUGAAGAUGAAGACGUGCGCACGGUACCUUGUCCUCCUCCUCCUGUUUAUUCCCGAGUGUCAGUCGGCACACGGCCGUUACGCCCAGAAGCUCCUGAGCGACUUGACGGCUAACUACAGCAACGCUCUGCGGCCGGUGGCGGACACGGAUCACGUCAUCAACGUGACGCUGCAGGUCACGCUGUCGCAGAUCAUCGACAUGGAUGAAAGGAACCAGAUCCUGACCACCUACCUGUGGGUGCGGCAGGUGUGGAUGGACGCCUUCCUGACCUGGAAGAAAGAGGACUACGACGGACUGGACACUAUCCGCAUCCCCAGUAGCUACGUGUGGCGACCGGAUAUCGUCCUGUACAACAGCGCCGACGACGAGUUCUCCAGCUCCAUGGAGACCAACGUGGUCUUGAGGCACGACGGCCAGGUGAUGUGGGACCAGCCGGCCAUCACCAAGAGUUCCUGCUCGGUGGACGUGGCCUUCUUCCCUUUCGACGUGCAGCAGUGUCACCUCACCUUCGGCUCCUGGACUCACAACGGCAACCAGAUGGACUUGUUCAACGCUUUGGACAGCGCCGACCUGGCCGACUUCAUUCCCAACGUGGAGUGGGAGAUCCUGGGCGUGCCGGCCAAGAAGAACGUGAUCCUUUACGGCUGCUGCUCCGAUCCGUACCCGGACAUCACUUUCACCCUCCACCUGAAGAGGCGGUCCUCCUUCUACAUCUUCAACCUGCUGCUUCCUUGCAUGAUGAUCUCCUUCCUGGCCCCGCUUGGCUUCUACCUGCCGGCCGACUCCGGAGAGAAGGUCUCGCUCGGCGUCACCGUCCUGCUGGCGCUGACCGUCUUCCAGCUCCUGGUGGCCGAAAGCAUGCCGCCCUCCGAGAGCGUUCCGCUCAUCGGAAAGUACUACAUCGCCACCAUGACCAUGGUGACGGCGUCGACGGCGCUCACCAUUUUUGUCAUGAACAUCCACCACUGCGGUCCGGAGGGACGCCCCGUGCCGGCUUGGGCGGAGCGCUUCAUCCUCAAGUAUUUGGCUCGCCUGUGUUUCGUGCGCGAGGCGGCGGACGAGCGUCUCGGCGGGCCGUCCUCCGGCAAACCGCCUCCGGCCGACGGGCACGAGCGCAACGGGGAGGUGUGUUGUCGCGACGAGGGCGCGCGGAAGGACCACGCCCUCGUCGGCCUGGACCGCGCGGAGGAGGCCGCGGACGGCGAGCCGUCGGGAAGUAGCGGCGAGGAGAAGUGCGCGUGUCGUCGUCAUCCGGGUCUGCGCGGGAACGUGGAGUACAUCGCCAACGCCUACAAGGACCAGCGUGCCGCGCAGCUGCGCGUGGGAGAGUGGAGAAAGCUGGCCAAGGUCAUGGAUCGCUUCUUCAUGUGGCUUUUCUUCAUCAUGGUCUUCAUUAUGAGCGUCCUCAUCCUGGGGAAAGCCAUCUGA